GCGCGCCUCUGAGAGUCAGAGUGAAAUUGUCAAGCGAACGAGUAACAUUGAAUUCACGACUAGUGAAUACUACGAAUACUACAAUUUAUCAAGGCGAACAAGAAGUAAACGAAACAUUAGCAAGCAAAAAUGUCGAAAGCUCCAGCAGUUGGAAUCGAUUUGGGCACAACCUACUCCUGCGUGGGUGUUUUCCAGCAUGGAAAGGUUGAGAUCAUCGCAAAUGACCAAGGAAAUCGAACGACACCGAGUUAUGUUGCCUUCACAGACACCGAAAGGCUAAUUGGUGAUGCGGCCAAAAACCAGGUCGCUAUGAAUCCAUCAAACACCAUCUUUGAUGCCAAGAGAUUGAUCGGUCGUCGCUUCGAUGAUCCAGCGGUACAGAGCGAUAUGAAACACUGGCCGUUCACGGUAAUGAACGAGGGAGGAAGACCAAAGAUCAAGGUCUCGUACAAGGGUGAAGAGAAGGCAUUCUUCCCUGAAGAAGUGUCUUCGAUGGUUCUGACGAAGAUGAAGGAAAUAGCUGAAGCGUUCCUAGGAAAGACAGUCACGGAUGCCGUGAUCACCGUGCCAGCGUACUUCAACGAUUCACAGAGGCAAGCAACGAAAGAUGCGGGUGCGAUUGCUGGACUGAACGUUUUGAGGAUCAUCAACGAACCCACGGCGGCAGCAAUCGCUUAUGGCUUGGAUAAGAAGGCUAGCGGGGAGAAAAACGUUUUGAUCUUCGACCUGGGAGGUGGUACCUUCGAUGUGUCUAUCCUGACCAUCGAGGAUGGCAUCUUCGAGGUGAAAUCUACAGCAGGAGACACUCACCUCGGAGGAGAGGACUUCGACAACCGUAUGGUGAAUCACUUUGUUCAGGAAUUCAAAAGGAAAUACAAGAAGGACCUCAGCGUGAACAAGAGAUCGCUCAGGCGAUUGAGAACAGCAUGCGAGAGAGCGAAGAGAACCCUGAGCUCAUCCACGCAAGCGAGCAUUGAGAUCGAUUCUCUCUUCGAGGGUAUCGAUUUCUACACUUCCAUCACCAGGGCUCGUUUCGAAGAACUUUGUGCGGAUCUGUUCAGGAGCACGUUGGAACCGGUGGAGAAGGCUUUGAGGGAUGCUAAGAUGGACAAAUCUCAAAUUCACAGCAUUGUACUAGUCGGUGGAUCGACCAGAAUACCAAAGAUUCAAAAACUAUUGCAAGACUUUUUCAAUGGCAAAGAACUUAACAAAUCUAUCAACCCCGACGAAGCCGUUGCAUAUGGUGCGGCUGUACAGGCAGCUAUCUUGCACGGCGAUAAAUCUGAGGCUGUUCAAGACCUACUGUUACUGGACGUCACACCACUGUCCCUGGGUAUCGAAACAGCUGGUGGUGUAAUGACUACUUUAAUCAAGAGGAACACGACCAUCCCAACAAAACAAACGCAAACUUUCACCACCUAUUCGGACAAUCAACCUGGUGUCUUGAUCCAAGUAUACGAAGGAGAAAGAGCCAUGACCAAAGACAAUAACCUUCUUGGAAAGUUCGAACUCACUGGUAUCCCACCUGCACCCAGAGGCGUACCUCAGAUUGAAGUCACAUUCGAUAUUGACGCUAAUGGUAUCCUAAAUGUUUCUGCCGUUGAGAAAUCGACUGGAAAGGAGAACAAGAUCACAAUCACGAACGACAAGGGAAGAUUGUCGAAAGAAGAUAUCGAGAGGAUGGUGAACGAAGCGGAGCAAUAUCGUAACGAGGAUGAGCAACAACGAGAGAGGAUAAUUGCGAAGAACGCUUUGGAGUCGUACUGCUUCAACAUGAAGAGCACGAUGGAGGAUGAGAAGAUCAAAGAUAAGAUCGAUCCAUCCGACAAAGAGAAGGUCCUCAAUAAAUGCAACGAAGUGAUCUCGUGGUUGGACAGGAAUCAGUUGGCGGAAAAGGAAGAGUUCGUGGAUAAACAGAAGGAAUUAGAAUCCGUCUGCAGUCCUAUCGUCGCGAAAUUGUACCAAGGAGCUGGCGGAGCACCUGGAGGUUUUCCAGGUGGUGCACCUGGCGCUGGCUUCCCGGGUGCUCCUGGAGGAGGUGCCACUGGCGGUGGUGCUGGCGGCGGACCAACCAUUGAAGAAGUCGAUUAAAUACUACCACCUCAUCCUCAUCGUUAUCUACAGCACUGAAACACACUUUCUCAUUUCCGUUUAGUCAUUUAAUACAUAUUUUUAUACAGUCAUGAUUCACCAUCUAUUUUCCUAUUUCUAAACCAGUGAUACACAUUUUGUGAGAUAAGACUUUUCGUGUAAGAGUAUUUUUAAUUUAAUUAAAAUAUACGUAUAUAAUUUGUUAUAUAAAACAAAA